GCGCGCCAAAUCAUGCGCGCAUGCGCCUCGAAGGAAUUUGCUGCCGCUUGGCUGUUAGUGCCCGGGUGCGGAGCGGAUGGAGCCUGCCUCUCCCAGCAGAGUCUCUGUACUUUGAUGGAACUUUGUGUAGACUGGCCAGUGUCCUGGUUUGCUGAGUGUCCUUCCUCGGGCCCUGCAAGGCAGUGUUUACCAGCAAUGACAGCAGCAAACACUGAAAGUGAUCAAGCAGCAAUGCUAUGAUAAAGCUCCUCGCAAAGCCUUCUAGCACACCAUGAAGAUCCUGGGGCAUCCUCUAAACAGAGUGCAUUGUCCAUCAAAGAGCAAGGAAGUCCCCUAAAUAUGAAUGAUAUCAAAUGGACUCCUUGAAGAUUGUACUAGACUUAAUGGCUAAGCUGUAAAUACAGAGAAUGAAAUAUUGGACCAGCCAGAAAGGUGUCCACUGUUGAUCUUGUUGGAAUCCAGAGCGUGCAGAUCUCCAGGAUGGUGGAAGGCACAAUGGGGACUAGGUCAUUAAAGGAGGCAGAGCUGCGCUGACCCUGCUGUCCUAGUCCAUUACUCCCACGCGCUCCAUCGCACUGAAGCCAAGCUGAGUGUCUUGAGGCUGGUGGCUGAUGGAUGAACUGGACAAUGAUUUUAAAGAACUCUGUGCUAACCUAUUGAGCAGGGUCAAGAAAAAGGCUGGAGAUGCCGAGGGAGGGAGGAAGGUUCAGAGCAGGACAAGAAGCACUGCAACAAAAAGCAAAUUAAAAAAGAGCAAGUCAACUGCUAAGAGCAAAAGCCAGCAUAACUCCUCUGUUGGAAAGAGAGUGGGCUGGCCAGGGUGCACGGACCCCAAUGAGCAGGCAUUGGGGCAUGAACCAGAAGGUGAAGCUACAGCCUGUGGAAAUGAUGGGCCUCCGCUGGGAGAUGAAAAUGGAAACCCUUCUUCUCCCAUUCAGUUGGAUGCUGUGGCACCAAACUGUAAUCAGAACAGCCUGGCAGGCAGUGACAAGCGCAGAUCAUCCUUUGCUGCUGCUGCAGAACCAGCAACCUCCACCUCAUCCCCUGCAAAGACGCUCCAGAUCUCAGGAACCAGGGUGCGGGUGGCAGAGCUGGUGCUGGAGAGGAUGCAGCAGUUUAAGAGAGUGGAACCGAAACAGCUGAAACACACCCGGGGCAGCAGCUUGCCAGAGACAGUAGCAGAUGGAAACAUCCCUGAGGUGAUCCUGGAGAAGAACCAGCAAGGGAAUGUGACCACUCCGGAUCUGCCUGCGAAGGAGCCAGAUGUUGCUCUGGCCGUGGCCCUCCAGCAGGAGCUCAUAGAAGAAGUACCUGGAAGUCUGGAAGAGGCAGGCUUAUUUUUUUGUCAGAUCUGUCAGAAGGACCUCUCAGCUAUGAAUGCAACACGACGGGAGCAGCAUGUUAACAGGUGUCUGGAUGAAAUGGAGAAGUCACAGGCAUCCUCUUCCAGCAACCCACAGGUCCCUGAGUGCCCCAUCUGUGGGAAGCAGUUCCAUACACCAAAAAGCCGAGCCAGUCACUUGAAAAGCUGCGCUGUCAAGAUGGAGGUCCCUCCGCAGUUGCUUCUCCAGGCAGUGCAAUCGCAGGCAUUGGCCCUGGGUGAUGGGCUCUCUGUAGCACCCAGCGAUCAGCUCAGUAGGUCAAAGCGAAAAGGCUCCUCCAAAGAGAAGGAGUCAAAGAAAAAGCGGAAGACAUCCAAGGUGGAAACCAAAGAUGAGGAUCUUCUGGUUGCCAUGGCAAUGUCACGAUCUCUGCUGGAGCAAAUAAGGCAGGAGCAAGCAAAAUCGGUAACAAGCAUUAAACUGGAGAGUGCUUUGCCAAUCAAGUGGAAGCCUGGAGCAGAGAAAAAAAGGCGCAAGAACACCCCCCGCACACCUCCUCCAUUGUUACUUCAAGAUCCAGAGACAGCCCAUAAACGGAUUCAAAGCCGGAUGGCCAUGCUACUAACAGAGGAGGUGGAGUUCCCUAGCACCCCUCCGCUCCCUGCCAGCAGGAUUUUGGAGGAGGAGCCUAGGAAGGCAGCCUGGCUUCUAACUUUGCCCAACGACCAGCACUGCAUUUUGUGGGAGUAUAGUACUUUGACAGGACCCUGUGUCCCAGAGUCCUUCUAUGCAGCGGGAUUAACCCCUCCUAUUUUGCCUUGGAAACCUGUGCAGUCAGGGACUAUUUUGCCAUCAGCGAGAUCUGACCAACCACAACUAUCUCAGCAGUUACAGACCAGCAGCAAUCAUCUUGAUCCCACUUCUGUGGGGCUUGGAAACAGAACUACUGAUGAUCCCCAGGCAGACCCUGAUGGAGAGCAGCAGUUUCUAUCUUGCAGCCAGAAGGAUGUUCAGACUCUGCAGGACCUGGUGGAGCUGGCUGGGGAAGGACUUACUCUCACGCAGUGGAACAUUGAUGUUGACCACACCAGCGAAGUGAAGCCACUGAGAGGAGAAUCAGUGGCCAGCGACAUUCCACUUAGUGGCUUCGUCCCUCCAUCCAAGGUGAAGAUGUGCCAGAGCAGCAACCUUCACACAUUCUCACUCAGGUCGCUGGCUGCCGAUUUCAGUGGAAUGGUCAACAACCCCCAUCUAAGUGACGUCCAGUUCCAGGUAGACAGUGGGGAAGUCCUUUAUGCCCAUAUGUUUGUGCUUUAUGCACGGUGCCCACAGCUGACUGAAGUUGUUCACAGUGAAGGUUUCUUAGUGGAAGAGGAUGGGAAUUUGCGGACCCGUCGAGUGUUGCUAAGUGAAGUGACAGUCGAGGCAGCCCGGGUGUUUCUGCAGUACCUCUAUGCAGCUGAUACCAGUAUCCCUGCCCAGGUGCUCUCUGAUGUGGGAGCUCUUGCUGUCAGGUUUGGUGUGAAUGAACUGAUCUCUGUAUGUGGAAACAGCGCUGGGGAGAAGGAGCAGCAUGCUGUGGUUGACUCAGGAGAUGAACUUUUCUCUGUGGGGGAAGAAGAGAAUUGUGAGAACAGAGCUGAGAACUUCCAGGAGCUCUUGAGGUCAAUGUGGGUAGAUGAAGAUGAGGAAGAAGUAGCUUUGCUGAAACCUGAAGACCAGAAAGAGGAAGACAAUGAGAAAGUGGAUGAGCAGGACCUGGAGGAAAUUUAUGAGUUUGUUGCCACUCAGCGAAAGAUUGUUCAAGAUGAAGCAGAGGUGGAAGAAGGCACAGGCAGCUGCACUUACAGUGAAACAGAGGAGGCCCAAAAUGUGAACCGACCACCUGAGGAUGAAGAGGUUGAGGUGUGUGAAUCUCCCUCAACAAGCAGCAAGAUUAAAGAAUGGAAGGAAAACUUUUGUGUGGGAAAAUCCAGCUGUGAAUUGCCUGGGCAAGAAAAGAAAAUCCCAGGUAUAAGUAGGAAUGAGAGCAUGAGUGUUACACGAAUCGCUACUGUGCACUUGCAGGAUAAGCCUUGUGAGUGCGGUGAUGUUGCGGCUUCCCAUGGUAGAGCCUCUGAUGAAAGAGAGGGCUUUCAGAGAAUGCCCAAAGUUGUGAAGGUUUUUAGAUUCUCUCAGAUUUCACAAAGUGAAGAAAAGAAUGAUGCCUGGGAAAAACUGUUCCCUAGUUGUCGACACAAUGGUGCUGACCUCAGUAAAAGUUAUGAUCCCGUGUUUUCCGCAACCCAUGGGGAACAUUGUGAGCCUUCUCCACUAAAUGAAGACAACAAAGAGUCAGAAGAGAUUUUCAGUGAAACACACGUUGAGGUUAAUAAACCACCUGUUCACCAUCAGUCACAGAAAGACCUUCUGUCAGUUAGGAGUGAUUUGUAUAGCAGUCCUCUUAUCAACCCUUGCUCACCAGUUUUGCCAGCUGUUGGUUCAUCACCUAUGUCUCCAGAAUCAAACAGGACAUUUUCCAAAGUAUCCACAGAAAUGUCUCUCAUAUCAGCUCCAAAGCAAAAUGAAAGUAAAGCACUCUUUCUGUCUGAUGAUGCAUCCUUCCAAAAAGCCAGUGAACAGAAUGAAGCUUCAGGACUUGAGAAGAUCAUAAAGAACACACUUUCUCCAGCAAAGUCUCCUCACGUAGAUUUAAAAAAGCAAAAACAUGUCCCAACUUGCUCAUCGUUGGUCCUCACAACUCAGAAUACUGCUUCUCAUGUGAACCAAGAGGCUGAAGUUAUUCUUUUGCUGGAUUCUGAUGAAGAAAUGGAGUUAGAACAAAUGAAGAAGAAAUCAGUUUCUGAAUCUUCCCUGAAGGAAAUCUCCAGGCAAUCGGAUUGUAACUGUAAGAAAGUGGAGCAAGAGCACGAGGUACCAAAAUCUGGGCCUAUUUCAGUUGCUAACAUUGAAAUACACCAGAGAGAAUUUGAAGUGUCACUAGGAAGUCAAGACAAGAUGCACAGUGAGAAUGCUGUAAAGCUGUCAGGAGAGAUGCCUCUUAACAACCAGGUUAGGACCUGUAUUGAUAGCAGACUGAAUCUGAGCCAUGAGGAGAGCUCUAGUGUGGACGCCUCAUGGUUGGUGCCAGACACACCUCUUCUUACCAGAAGCAGGAACUGCUCCACACAGACUCAGGCAACAAGUAUGUGUUGUUUGAGGAGUCAAGAGUCUAAGCAUAGGACUAAGGCUUUAUUGGUAAAUAUUAGUGACUGUAAACAAGCUGGGGAAACUGUGAAGAUUCCAGAGAUAACUUCAGCUCUGUUACUUGCAACCUCCUCACAAAAACAUUUGCUUACAGAGAACUCGUCAGUCAGCACAAAAACCUCUCCUGACAGCCCUUUAGGUCAGUCUUGGAAGGAUUCUCUGCAAGUUUCUCCAGCUCCACUCUCACCUGCCUGUGUUUGUGUGAAAGAGAAGUCUUCAGAAAACCCAUCUUCACUCAUACGAGGCCUUCCAUGCUGUGAACUGUCUCUGGAGAAUAAAACAGACAUUAGUGUGGUUGAGGUAGAGGACAGUGAGGAGGAAAAGGAGGUGGCUCCACUCCCUUCGAGUAGCAGCUUCCUGCUCGGUGAUGAGCCACCAAUCCCAGUCGAUGACGACUGCUGGAGUGUCGAACGUCUGUCACCAAUCAAAGAUAACAACAGGGUGCUUGAGAGGUUGAACUGUGCAAAUACCGGCAGUCCCAUCCACGGAAAAAGUGGCUCUCAGCACGACCAAUGGAAGAGCCCAAUCAGAGCCCUGGAAAUUACAGGUAGCACUCCUCUUAGAGGAAAUCCUGUUGACAGUAGAAAGACCUUGCUUUGUCAUGAAGAGAGUCCUGUUGAGAAAAAUUCUUCAGUGAGCAAUAAGCUAAGUUUUCUGAACUCUAAAGUCUGGGAUGAUUGGGAUGAAGAUGAACUCCCAGAGAUUCUUCCUCUCUCACAGAGAGUAUCAGCUGCAGCAGCUGCCCAGAAUACCCAGCCCCUAAAGACUCCUGACCCUGUCUGUCAUGAGAGAAACCAGCCCCCCAGAGUUCCCAUAACACCAAUACCAGCUUACUCCAUCAUGGAGACCCCAAAGCUGAAGAAGGAACUGAACAGAUUUGGAGUCCGUCCUCUCCCAAAACGGCAGAUGGUGUUAAAGCUGAAGGAGAUAUUCCAGUAUACUCAUCAGAUCAUGUCCUCUGACUCGGAGGAUGAGAUCCCAUCCUCCCAACCACCCCUACAGGAAGCCACUGCCAAGUACCCCAGCCAACCCCAAGCAGACUUGAUUGAACUGAGAGAAGAGAGUUCCAAAGCCUCCAGUGUAGGGCGCAAGCAAAAGCUGGGGGUUUCGGUCCCUUCCCUGCCAGUUCUGGGCAGUGGUGAUGCUGACAGCUCAGCGGGCCCCUCUACAACAGGCUAUCUGAGGACUCAGAAAACAGCUGAAACUAAAGGCCACCCAGGAGGAGCCAGAGGGCUAAAGGGAGAUAUUUUGUCUCCAGCUACAUCUCCAGUUAAAGGUUCUCUGGUGGGCAGUGCUGAUGGAGAGGUGCUCUCAGCAUCUCAGGAGUCUGCAGCUUCUUCAGUGGCUGGAAGUGACAACUCCUUUGGGUCACAGAGCUCUUCUUCCAAUGAGUUUGAGACAGGUGCCCUUACAUCUGAAGAGGACGAGGGGAUCCCAGCAUCUCAGGCUGCAGCCCGGGAGGCAGAUAAGCUGGAGGCAGUGAGACGCUACAUCCAUUCAAAUCCAGUCCUGCACCGGAAGAUCCUCCUUUAUGAGCCCUUUGAGCUAACCGGGCUGCAGGCAGAGCUGAAGCAGAAUGGCAUUAAGAUUGCACUGGGGAAAUUGCUGGACUUUUUGGAUGCUCACUGUAUCACCUUUACCACAGCCGGGGCACGGAAAGAGAAGCGGCAGCAACGUGGGGGCAAGAAAAAGGGAUGCAAACGAUACUGACUGGAGCCUCCUCUCCCUUCCCUGCUGCCUUGGUACAUUCAUACUUCCCCACUGCAGGCUCUAAAACUCUCCCCAUUGUUCCGUGUCAGAGCUUCUUCAAGAAUUGCUCCUCGGUUUUGCUACUAAACAUUCUCCCGGCCCCAGUAGAAUCUGCUGUACAUGUGCUUAUGCUGCUGACUUUUCAGUCAGUUAGAACAUUGCUCCCCGAUGUGCUCGAAUGGCUUGGAACUGUGAGAGACUCAUCUGUUCCCAGUCUCACUGCUUUAGAGGUGCAGAGACCCGCAUGCUUUCAGUACCAUCCACCCCACUCUCUGCUGAAACAGUGCCUGCUGGAUCUCUGGGACACCAAGGCCAAUACUAGUACUGCUGGAGCUUCAGCAUACAGCUAAUAUGGUCCCUCUGUUUUCCUAGUUCUUUAGCCAUCAGUUUCCUUUUGCCUUUUCUGUCAUCUUUUCCCCUUCCACUCCACUUUCUUUUAUCUGUCCUCUGCCUUUUCCUUUUCAGAUGUUUUCUCUCCUCUUGUUCUUCCCACUUGCCUUCCUCCUUUCUGAUAGGUUUUAUUUCAGCCUUGCUUCUAACUGCUGCUUCUAGAGGUAGAGCUUCUUCUAAGUGCCUGACAGAGGGUGCUACUUCCAAGCUCCUCACUGAGUGCAUCAGUGUUGAAACAUAAGGUCCUGCCUGAAUGGUAAGAGUGCCAUAGGCAGUGCUGGCCCUGGAAGGAAGCAGGUCAAAUCCCCGUGAAUUGUUCUCUCCUAGAAUAGAAACACACCUGCCUAACACACCACACUAGCAGGAAACAACUCACUUUGCCCUGAUGUAUAAAGCAGUGAAAACAGCCAGAUGUUGAGGUUUGUCUUUGGGACCCCAGCGGUUUUUCAGUCUGUUUAUUCAGUUUGAGAUUUUACAGAUUGAGGGGCAGGGAGUGUUGUGGUGGCAGCAUUGUCUAGUGGGUAGUUCAGGAGACCUCGCUUCUGUUCCUGGCUCACUCUGUGAACUUUGGCAAGUGGACUCAAAUUUUGGAUGCUUCAUUUGUUGUGUGCCUAACAGCGGACGCUUAGGGCUUGAGUUUCAGCAAGUACCGAGCACCUGCAGAGCCCACUGACUUCAGUUGAUGGUACUGGGUAUUGAGCACCUCUGAGAUUGUCCACAGGCGUUUGAUGUUGGCCACCCAAAAUGAAUGGCUGCUUUGAAAGUCUGAGCCUUAAUUUCUCUGUGCUUCACCUGUAAAAGAGGGGAAUGAGAGCUGCCCACCUUUGGAAAGGGUUUUGAAUGGCUCAGAAUGGAAGAUGGUGCUACUGAAGUGCAGAAUAUUACUUGCUGUAUUGAAAGGGUAACUUAUUGGUAACAGCUGUGUUGUGGAGAAUGCAAGGAAUGUUUACAUACAAUCUACAAGCACUCUUACUCUAUAGAUUUGUGAUGGGUAUCAGGAGUCCUUCAGCCCCUUGUAUUUAAUACUGUGAUAAGGACCUCAGAGGCUCCAGGUCCCAAGAUGCAAUGGUGUGUUUGGACUGUUUGGACUGAGUUAGAGCAUUGCAUGCUGGGAUCUGCAGGGCUAGACCUCUGUGUUAAAGAUACUGUCAGCUCCAUUUUCUGAGAACUGGAAGUAAUACUAGAACUCCUGCCAAGUUGCCAUGUGGCCUGGGCUUGGACAGUUGUGUUUCCACUGCGCCCCCCUCUCUUUUUUUAAAAAGGAGACACCAUAUUUGUGUUGCAGUGACCACUGGACACCUUCAGCGCCUUGUACUCAUUCCUCACCUAACCACACCUUGCUACAUAAUCUAGUUUCCAAACUGGACUGCUUCCAGGUCCUUUGUAAGUCUGCAACAGGGAAGUCUUGGAUCCUAGAGAAUUGACUUCUAUUUAUUUAAUCUUCAGAGAUGUGCUGAUUCUUUCCAGCCUUGGGAGUUGGGAAUCGAUGAUGGCCUCACUUUGUAAAAAAAGAAGCCAAACUCCUCAAAACCAAUGUUUAUAUUUUUGUAGCAUAAGAAUGUCUGUCUGUUUUUUAAUUUUGAUACAGUAUAGUGUGGUUUUUAUUGGAUGUACGUUAUGUGCAAUAAAAAUUGUAAGAACCUU